GGAAGUUUGACGAUUUUCUGAUCCGGCACCAGGUGAAGUACCUGGGCCUGAUGGAGCACCUGCGGGUGAGGCGAGCGGGUUUCGCGUACCGGCGGAAGUACGAACUCUUCUUGCAAAGGUACAAAUCCCUCUGCCCGGCGACCUGGCCACACUGGCACGGGCCAGCGGCUGCGGGCGUGGAGAGGCUCAUCAAGCACCUUGGGUACAAGCCUGAGGAAUACAAACUGGGAAGAACCAAAAUAUUCAUUCGGUUCCCAAAGACGCUGUUUGCAACUGAAGACGCGUUUGAAAUCAGAAAGCACCUGCUAGUUUCAAGACUACAGGCUAAAUAUAAAGGAUGCCUUGGGAAGAGAGCGUACAAGAAGAAGAGAGAAGCAGCGAUCAAGCUGGAGGCAUGUUGGCGAGGAGCACUGGCGCGGAAGGAGGCCAAGAAGAGGACGUGGGCGGUUCAGAUCAUCAGGAAGUUCAUAAAUGGCUUCAUCAAUCGGAAGAAGCCCCUUUGCCCGGAGAACGUCGAAUUUGUGCGGCUCGUGCAGUACAACUACCUGAUGAAGCUCCGAGACCACCUUCCAAAAACCGUCCUGGACAAGAGCUGGCUGCAGCCCCCCUCCAUCCUGGGGGAGACAUCUGAGAUGCUGCAGAAAAUCUGCGUUAGGAACCUGGUGAGGAAAUACUGCCGAGGUGUUACUGCAGAGAGGAAAGCGCAGUUACAGCAAAAAGUGGUGACGAGCGCGGUUUUCCGAGGGAAGAAGGAGGGCUACCCGCAGAGCAUCACCCAGCCCUUUCUGCUUUGCUCCUCAGAAGAGACUGACAUCAACCCCAAGGUGCUGCAGCUCAUCCAGGGCGAGAAGAUCAAGUACGUGACCCCCGUGGUGAAAUACGACAGGAACGGCUUCAAAGCAAGAGAGCGGCUCCUCGUCCUGACCCAGUCCUCGGCGUACGUGGUGGAAAUGGCCAAGAUCAAGCAGAAAAUCGACUACGCCACCCUGAAAGGUAUUUCCACCAGUAACCUGAGCGAUGGCAUUGUGGUCAUUCACGUUCCCGAGGACAACAAACAGAAGGGGGAUGUGAUCCUUCAGUGUGAGCACGUCUUUGAGACCGUCACUAAGCUCUGCAUGCUGGCCAACAAGCAAAACCUCGUCAAAGUUGUGCAGGGGAGCCUGCAGUUCCGCAUCGGCUCCGGGAAGGAAGGGACGAUGGUGUUUACUGUCGGGCAGGAGCCUCAGGUGUUUAAAGCCAAAACUGGACAGCUAACAGUGGUGUCAACCCAGGCAAAGUCUUGA